CUAUAACCUUUAGACACUUUCGGAAAAAAGCACAAUAUUCUACAUACAACUGAACGAUCUGACAUUCAAUCAAUCGAAAUAUCAAUAAACGGGAUUAAAUCGCAAAUGACAGACUAUUCAAGAAGUGAUUCCCUCAUUAUUAAACAGUGUCAUCAUUAAUUAUUCAAAUUUUUAAUUUUUUGGUUCAAGUAAUUCUAAGCCACUUUAUUUGAAUAGCCAGGUUAUAUCAAUUUUAUAAUCAAGGGAAAAAUCGUUACCGACGCUAUGGUUUAUGGUUUAACAGGCAAUAGAUGGUGUUUUAUAUGAACAACGAUUCAAGUUAUAAAUGAGAAUUAUUGGUAAGAAAAAAAAUAGAUUUCAAAGUUUUUUUCUGCUUGGGUUUGUCAAGGGUAUAAUUUAUUUGAUAAGUUUCUUUAUUGGAUGUGAUAUCAUUAUCAAGAUGACAUUUUGUGAUUGUAAAUAGCUGGCAAAUUUGGAUUGUAACUUCUUCAUCAAUAAAAUGACAAUUGCAGAAACGCUUUACGUGCAUAUGGUUAUUGGUCUGUGCAUCUUACACGCAAAAUGUGCAGCAGCCGACUUUGUCGGUUUCCGGGCGUUCCCUAUCGAACUGAGAAUGAUGCAGGGGAUCGCCUUUCCGUUGAAAACUGAUAUUAACCAAUGUUGUCGCGUCUGUGCAAAUAAUGACACAUGUACAUCAGUGAACUAUAAUUACAUUUCUCAAAUUUGUGAAAUAAAUACCCUGAAAAUGAAGUCCCUGGAAUAUCGUGUGCAACCUAGCUCAGGAUGGAAACUGUAUGAAAAGCUACCAUGCGGCAUUGGUUAUAUGAGCAGCAAACGUUGUCGUCAUAUUCAGAACUUUUUUCAACAUGACGAAAUCAGAACACACAAAGAAGCGUCGGACUUUUGUCAUUUAUUGGGUGACAACCUGGUUACGCUUGAACAUGAGCAAGAUAGAAAUGAUCUGGAGACUGAUGCAGGUUUAGCUGAUAUGUAUAUAAAUGCUUACAUUUGGCUUGGUACCAGCAUAGGAACUGAGUGCAGUUGUUUUAGGAGACAGUUCGCUGAUACAAUAAUGCGUGAUUGUAACUUAAACGCCGCCAUAGUCUGCGAACGACCUUGACAAAGAAGAGAACAGUUUUUGUCUGCAUUAUGGAACACAUGUUUGUUUGACACAGCCGUAUUUGUACACAGUUGACUCUUGUGUCAUCGUUGAAAUCGAUAUUAACAUUUUUCAAAAGACUGCCUAAAUUUUGUCGAGGGAUAGUUAAAAAUUCCUUCAA